ACUUGACCGGAAGCCAAGCCGAUGGACUUCGGAAGCGCCCGACGUGGCGGCCGCAACGCGCUCCCUGAGGACUUUGUUCGCAAGCCAUGGCAGUCCUUCUCGACCAUGAAGCGCUUCCUCAGCGAGGCCAUCCGCCUCGAGAAUGCGAGCUGGCGCAUCUGGUUCAUGCAGCAGCGGGCCAAGCAGGCCAUGGUCGUGACGAAGAAGAAGGGCCGGCUCUCGAUCGAGACGCUCGGUGAUGACGUCGAGGCUGAUGAGCACAACCGAACGUGCGUCUACUGUGAGCUCGCGCCCGCCAGCCUCACGUGCAACGGCUGCUGCCACGACCCGUACUGCGUGAGCUGUUUCAAGCUCAUCCACAUGCGUGGUCAUCUCGCUUCGCACACGGCCGUAUCCAUCCAGAAGCUCGACGCCAAGCGAGGCACACCUGUGGUCACGCCAACGACGCGCCGCGCGCCAGAGCAAGCGAGCCCCACCAAGGUUAUCGUCGCCACGAAACCCGUCAAGUCGUGGGAAGAGAAAAUGGACGUGCUCUUCCAGAAGCUCAUGGUCACGAGCAUGCACCACGACGGCGACAUUAGCGUUCACAACAUUGACAACAGUCCGCUCAACCCCACGUGGAGCCCAGAUCAAGCCAAGACCUGCGGCGGCUGCCAGGGUCCGCACAUGACGAUCGCAUGCCCGACACUGGCCUCCCCCAUGACUGAGAGUCCUGCCCCGACAACGUCCAAGAAGCCAUCUAUAUGUGGCAACUGCCGCGGCGACCACAAGACGCUCGACUGCCACAAAUUGGCACCACCAACGCCAUCCAAAUCCGCCGUCUGUGGCAAUUGCCGCGGCGACCACAUGACCAUUUCGUGUCCGCAGCUCGCUGUUGCUGCGCCUGUGAAGCCAUCUAUAUGUGGCAACUGCCGCGGUGACCACAAGACGCUCGACUGCCACAAAUUGGCGCCACCAACGCCGUCCAGAGCCGCCGUCUGCAGCAAUUGCAGCGGCGCCCACAUGUCGAUUGCUUGUCCGUUGCUGUUGCUGGCACCGCCGCCCAAGAAGGCGCUCGUGUGCGGCGGCUGCGGCGGCGAGCACAUGACCAUGCUUUGCCCGAUGCAGGCGUCGGAGGAGGCAACGUUCUUCCGGCGCAAGUCGAGCAAAGGCAUCGUCUGCGGCAACUGCCGCGGCGACCACAUGACGAUCUCGUGUCCGCAGCUGCAAGAAGAGUCGCCCAAGCACGUGGUCGACUCGAUCGUGCGCAAGUGCUUUACGUCGUACCACAACGCCAACACGAGCAACAGCACGCACGCGUACUUGGGCGACGAAGUCAGCGUGCAUGGCGCGGGCUUUGCGCCGCCGGCGACCCGCUUCCACGCGGCAACCUUUGCGCCGAUUCACGAAAUCCCCGUCGAAGUCGAGACGUCGCCCGUGCUGCCGGCCCUCUCGCCGCUGCGUCAAUUGCGCACCCCGGACGUGUGGAUUCUCUCGAGUCUCUGGAACGAAAUGUCGGCGUCGUUUUUGCAAACGCGUGGGCACACGGGCGUUGGCUGCGACGUCAACUGCCUCGACGAACGCCGCGGCUGGGUCUACCUCAAGCCGCCCCACUGCCCCAAGUGGCGGCGGCGCUUUGUGGUGCUUUUCCGCAACCAGCUGACCGAAUUCCUCGACGAGCGCGAUGUGCAACCGGUGGGCUUUGCCAAUUUGCACGAAGCGUCGAUCGUCGACUCGUCGGCGCAUGGCGAGCGCCAGCUGACCGUCGCGGUCGCGUCGUCGGCGCUGCGCGACGAUGGUAUCACGACGCUUCAGUGGUGCUUUGACACCCCGUUGGCGUUUGACGAGUGGAAAGCUGCGCUGCUGCGCGCCAGUCGGCUUGAGAUCCAAGACCUUUUUGGCGACGACGACGUCGAGCUCGGGAAAGGGCGGUUCGCAAUGGUCAAGCGCGCCGAGCGCCGGCACCUUGCGCGCUGCAGCCACGAGUGCGCGAUCAAGGUCAUCGACAAGGCUGCGUUUUGGGACCUCGUGCAGCAAGGCGUUGAGCGCAACGACACUCUGUUUCGCGAAGUGCUUACGCAGAGUGUGCUCACGCUGCGGGGCCAUGGCGUGCCCCACCACGGCUACGUCGUGCGGCUCCUCUCGCUCUUCGAGACGCACGACCACUUGGUCAUGGAGAUGGAGCUCAUGGCAGGCGGGGACAUUUACGACCAUAUUGUGACCCACGGACCGCUGCCCGAACCGCACGCCGCGCUCGUCAUGACGCACCUCAUCCAGAGCAUUCAGUUUUGCCUCGAGAACGGCAUCGCGCAUCGCGACGUCAAGAUCUCCAACUUGGCACUCGACGUGCAGACAACGAUUGGGUCUACGGAUCGACCGUGCGUGCUCAAGCUCGCCGACUUUGGCAUGAGCGCGUUCCUCGAGUCCAAUGGCAUGCUUCUGGGACGAUGUGGCACGCCGGGCUACGUGGCCCCCGAGAUCCUCACGGCCGGCGUCCAAGAACCGUACCCGCCCCACGUCGAUAUGUUUUCGGCGGGCGUCGUGCUGUACACGCUCCUCUGCGGCUACGAGCCGUUUUACGCGAUCAACGACAAGGAGCUCAUUUUACUCAACAAGGCGGUCACGUACUUUUUCCACCCGGAAGAGUGGUCGCACAUCUCGGACGACGCGAAAGACCUCAUUGCACGCAUGCUGGCCAAGAAUCCAUCCGAGAGAGUACGCCCGCACGAAGCCCUCGCGCACCCGUUCUUGCGGCAAGUGUCGCCCGUGCCCGAGCACCCGCGCACGUCGACCUGUACCAAGCUCUUUUAAGACCGAUUCAACAUUCCUGUCCC